UUGUUAAUAGAUGCUCAAUAAAUAAUUGUUGAAUGAAUGAAGCAAUUAUAUCUUUCCUUUCCUCCUACCUACUUAUCUUCCAGUAUCAUUUGAGUUUUAUAGCCAAGUAAGUGAAAGUGGAAUUGUAAAAAGUCAUGAUCAGCUUGUGAAACACAAAUAGUUCAUGCUUUUUAGUUCUGUAUUUUCAAGAUAAAAUCCCAAUGAAAUGCCCUCCUCCUUACUCAUGCUAGGUAAAUUGCCAGGAGUUGUGUUAAAUGAACAUACUUUAUGAAACUUUUCUAAUGUUGGAAAAAUAAAGCUGCAGGAUCUUGAUAAUUUAUUUCUUGUAUUUUAAGUUGGAAUUUCGAACUUGAUUUUCUAUAGAAACUGUUAUAAGUGAUAGUUAAAAUUCCUUAGUGCUAUCAUUAUAUAAGGAUCAUUUAGACUUUCCUUGGAUCAAAUAAGUUUUGUGAAUUGCCUUAAGAUGUUUUGUAUCGUAUGAUUUCUUAGGGAAAUAAAUAGCAACUAGUUUCUUGAAUGAUAUUUUCAGGGUUGUUGUGAAAUCUAGUUGUCUUCCUUUGAUUAUUUUGUGUUUUCUAUAUAAAUAAAAAGUAUUUCAAGUGACAUUGCUAUUUGAGAGUAUAGUAGUGGGCACUGGAUGGCAAGUGUUAAAAGAUUUUAUUCAAGAAGGUGGGAAAUUUCCCUCUUUUCCUAAUACUUUGUUCCUACCUUUUUUUUGCCCCCCUUACAUGUCUUUCCUCACAUGUAGGCUAGUUAUGCCUCUGUGCCAUACCAGUACAUGCGUGUACUGAGGGAUGAAUGUUUGGGUCUCUUCAUAGUUGCUGGAGGGAUAAGGUAGAAUAUUAAAAAUAAGUUUAUUUUCUCCGAAAACUCUCUUGAAAAUAUCUUCCUUUUCUAGUUUGGGACAACUCUACUCCUUCUGCUUGAACCCAAAAUUAAAGUUAAAUUGACAUAUAGUCUAGCCAGGAAAGAAAUGGAACACAUAAACUGACAAACUAUGUCAAUAAACAUAAAAGCAUAGUGCCAAGAAGGUAUGAGCUGGUUCUGAAAGGGAGAGACAGUCAUGGUGCAAAUGUAUUCAUUGAUUUAACAACCAUUAAUUCAUUUUUUUAAGUUUGUUUAUUCCUUGAGAGCACAUGCACACAAGUGGGAGAGAGAGAAUCCCAAGCAAGCUCCGCACUGUCUGCACGGACAGAGCCCUAUGAGGGACAUGAACUCACGAACCGCAAGAUGAAAUUAAGAGUUGAAAUCAAGAGUUGAACACUUAACCCACUGAGCCACCGGGCGCCUCAGCAAACAUUAAUUUAUUAAUUCACCAAAUCUUGCAUUGCAUGUGUGUGCUGGAAAGCUGUCUUCAAAGGAGGUGGAGAUGACACAUUAGAGAACACACUAGUUGACCAAAGACCUUCCAAGAGUAAUAUGGAUGUAAUCUGAAACUGGCUCCCGUAUGUGGAGGGCAAGGACAGACUGAGGGAAGAGGCAGACCACUCCGGGUUGCUUUUUAGCUCCUCUUAUUAUUGAGUAUGAUAAACAUCUGGAAGAACUAAAUGGGCAGCUGAAAUAUUACCAGAAACAGAUGGGUGAGAUGAAACUACAACUUGAAAAUGUCAUCAAGGAAAAUGAAAGGUUGCACAGUGAAUUAAAAGAUGCUGUUGAAAAGCAACUGGAGACCCUUCCCUUUGGCACAGAUAUGGGAAAUGAUAUAUAUACAGAUGAUGAAACAGUCAGGAAUCUUCAAGAACAAUUACAACUAGCCAAUCAAGAAAAAACUCAGGCUGUGGAACUCUGGCAGAAUGCUUCUCAGGAGUUGGACAGACUUCAGAGACUUUACCAGGAAUAUAUGACUGAGGCCCAGAUUCAUGUAGUUGAAAGUCAAAAACAAAAGGAUCAACUGACCAAUUUUCAACAACUGACCAAGCAACUUCAUGUUACUAAUGAGAACAUAGAAAUGACUAACCAACACUUUCUGAAAACAGUAACUGAACAAAAUGUGGAAAUUGAGCAACUCCGAAAACAACUUAGGCAAGCCAAGUUAGAUCUGAGAAGUGCAGCAGCAAAAGUGGAUGAGUUAACCAAAGUAACUGAAGAUCUUCAAGGACAGAUGCAAAAGAAGGAGGAGGAUAUGUUGUCUGCCCAGGGAAGAGAGGAAGCAUCAGAUAGGCGUUUACAGCAGUUACAAUCUAGUAUAAAACAAUUAGAAACAAGACUCUGUGUAGCAAUGCAAGAAGCCACUCAGUUAAGAGAACAAAAAACACAUUUGGAAAAACAGACCAGAGAAUUACAAGCAAAGUGCAAUGAAUUAGAAAAUGAAAAAUAUGAAGCUAUUGUAAGAGCCAGAAAUAGCAUGCAGCUCUUAGAAGAAGCUAACCUUCAAAAAAAUCAGGCUCUACUUGAGGAGAAGCAAAAAGAAGAAGAUAUAGAGAAAAUGAAAGAAACAGUGUCUCGGCUUGUGCAAGAUGUUACCCUAAGAACCAGGAAGGAAGUUGCAAGCACAAGAAAACAGUAUAAUGUACAGAUUUCUCGACUAACAGAAGAACUUUCAGCCCUUCAAAUGGAGUGUGCUGAAAAACAAAGCCAAAUUGAACGAGCCAUUAGGGAGAAAAAAGCAGUGGAAGAAGAACUAGAAAAGAUUUACCAUGAAGGCAGAGUAAAUGAAAGUGAUUACAGAAAACUAGAGGAAAUGCACCAAAGAUGCCUGGUUGCAGAACGUUCAAAAGACGAUCUUCAGCUAAGACUUAAGACGGCAGAAAAUAAAAUAAAACAACUUGAAAUAAAUUCCUCAGAAGAGAUAUCACGUUGCCAAGAAAUGAUUCAGAAACUUCAAAACUUAUUGGAGUCUGAGAGAGAAAACUGUGGAUUUGUCAGUGAACAAAGGCUGAAACUUCAGCAAGAAAAUGAACAGUUACAGAAAGAGACUGAGGAUUUAAGAAAGAUUGCUCUUGAAGCUCAAAAAAAAGCCAAAUUAAAGAUCAGUACAAUGGAACAUGAAUUUUCAAUAAAGGAACAUGGAUUUGAAGUUCAAUUAAGAGAGAUGGAAGACAGUAAUCGAAAUUCCACUGUUGAACUGAGACAUCUCUUAGUGACUCAACAGAAGGUGGCCAAUAGGUGGAAAGAAGAAACAAAGAAACUUACUGAAAGUGCAGAGAUUAGAAUCAGUAAUCUAAAGAGUGAGCUGAGUCGACAGAAACUUCAUACCCAAGAGCUGCUUUCUCAGCUGGAAACGGCAAAUGAAAAGGUAGUUGAGAAUGAAAAACUAAUUCUGGAGCAUCAAGAAAAAGCCAACAGACUUCAAAGGCGUCUAAGUCAGGCAGAACAGAGGGCGGCUUCAGCUUCCCAGCAGCUCAGUGUGAUUACAGUGCAGAGAAGAAAAGCAGCCUCCAUGAUGAAUCUGGAAAAUAUUUAAAAAUAUUCAUAGUUCACUCUCAGAACUUUAGAAUUGGGAAAACUGUUCGACUAGAAGUGUAUUGAAAUGGUAAAAACCCAUAGAGAAUGGUUAAGGCUUGUGUCGUUUUGCAGAAGCAUUUUCCAUUCUGUUUUGAGGGGUAUGGAAAACAGAACAAUGACAGCUUCCUGUAAGUAAAGAAAAUAUAACCGUAUAUUGAGCUUCAGUGGAGAAUAAAGCCAGCUGGGAAGAAUUCAUUGCCUUCAUCAACGUGUCUAUUUUUUAAUUCUCCCUUCCUUCCUUUGGAAAAGCAUAAUAAUUUUUAAGCUAUACUAAUCAUGAGAAAGACAAUGCUAGAAUUUUAAUAUUUCAGGUUCCAUGAUUUGAGAAUUUUACAUCUAAUUGUUACUAACUCACUUUUUAAGU